AUGUCACUAAACUCCCAGUUUUCUUUGGCGCUUGAACUCUCAAACAUCUUUCCUAUCCGCGCUGUUGUUGACUCUGCAGCAACCCAGUUUCUCAAACUUGCUCGGGAUCUUCGGCGGUCAGGUUCAGAUAUUGUGGUUGAAGCGGACCUUGCUGCUGUCUUUGGAAGAGGAGUUAUUAGCUCUAUGUUGGAAGACAAGUUCAGAAAUGCGGUAAAGCUGCAGACAUUUGUUCCGCUGACUCGUGAAGGUGAGAUCCGCUUGGAUUCUGGUCCCGGCCCAACGAUGCAUCGCGCAUUCAGGGAACGGUCAUACUUUGCCACUGUCGUCCAGUUGUCUCUGCUCGCAUGGAUGCAGCCUCGCGAGCAGCUGGCAAUGAUGCUUUCUUCUUGUAUGACGAAGCGGGUUCGUCUGGGAAUUGAGGGUGCUUCAGAUCCAGGGUAUGAGAGUAUUUUUAAUACAUUAGCAGCAUGCAGCUCCCAAUCCAGCAACUUCGCCUGGAGCUUUUACGUGCAACAGGUCGAGGCUAUGCUACGCAGUUCCUUCCCAGAGUACAAGUUUCACCACGAUUAUAUACGCAUGUCAGACACGCUUCUGUCAGGUGCCAUGGAUUACCUGUACCUUGUUCAAAGCCUCCCUGAGCAAAGAAAGAUUCUUGUCUCUAAUCAGUUGGGCUGUGUAACUCUUGUGGUCUGGGCACACUACGCGCUGGGGUUGACAGUUGCAAUUACCCAUAGAACCCUUCCGGACAACAACAUCAUCUUUGGAGAUCGUGGGGAACCGCAGGUGAUCAUUACCUGGCAGGACUGCAGAGAUCACACUGAUGACCCAAACCACAACUACAGGAUAAUGUGCAAAGGUCCACAACCUGAGAUUCUACUUCUGGACCAGGAUAUGUCAGUGGUUCUACGCUCAUUUCCCGACGAGCCACGGUCUCACACUGGCAUGAGAGGGAUGGUACACGAUCGUCAUGCACUCUUAGGCUACGGGACCACUUUUCUACAUCGAUUGUUCAACACCAAGUACAUAACCAUUGACAACGAUCCGAUCUAUGAAGAUUCGGUGAAGCUCAUAACGGCUCUUGCCAUCCACGCAUCCAGUCGACUGGAUCGAAAGUUUGAUUCUGGGUGUCGAGGAGAUGAUCAGUUCAAAAACCUACCACGUUAUGAGAUUCAACUCGAGGUUUGGAGGGUACUGUCAUCAUCCAAGAUUAUAUUUGGGGGAACCAAACAUGAUCCAGCUGGGAUAGCCUCCUAUGUUGAGUUCUUCAGUAACUCAGUUCUGAGCAAUGAGAACUUGCCGGCUAGUUUCUCGAGUACUUUCAAGAAAGCAAGGCCACCAACCGCGUCACUUCUGGAAGGAUUACAUCUAAUAGAUCAGAUUCAGUUUCUGGCUAGGGUUGUUCUGCUAUUUGCAUUCGUCGUUGAUGUUGAGGGCUGCGCGGAAAUGCCAAUCUUUCUCGACGAUUCUCUCCUGUCGAUGCGGCUCGAGAUGAAAAGGGUAUGCAGCAGGCUUAACACACGAGUUGCAGUUGCGCCUGAGACAGUAUUCUAUGGAAUCCUACAGCUUUUAUCUGAUGAUACAAAGCUAACGCGCGCCAGUUGUCACGACUUGCAUGAGGAGUCCGAGUUCCUCUUUCUUUGCAGCGACUUUGGUUGGAGCGUCUUUCUAGACACAAUUGGGGACAAAGAUCCAGCAAAUGUUAAGCCUCACCUGGUCCAUGUUCAGAAAGGUGUCCCAACCAAUUCUAGGACAAAUGAGCGCAAGUUACGGAUCUCUGAUGGUGGCGUCUUUGUAACAACGCUCCCUCGCAUAUUCCACAAACCACCCGUGCAGAAAAUUGCGUAUACCCCAAGAGCAGUAGCGCAAGUUACCCGUCGGGACGAAUAUUGGACAAGCAAAAUCCGACAAUUCGAGUUGACAAUUCGAUUCAUGGUGGAAAUAAGUUCAGAGCGCGCACUUCAAAAAUUUGACUUGCAGACAUCUCCCACUGAGCAUUGGGUGACUUGUCGAAGCAUGCAUCGUCAGAUCUGGGAAACCUUUCUAACUCCUCCGUGCGAGCAUGAAGCCGAAAUCAGCCCGCAAACUCCGUUGAAUCUUGGUCCAGAUGCGUUGGCUAUUGUAGGUUGGAGCAAUCAGGCUGAGAGCACAGGCGAUGGCCCAUACCCCCAAAGGAUUGUGAUAUUUCUGACACGAGGCGAUGCCCGACUUCGGUGGUUAGCGGUCCAGAACGCUACAGAGGGCGGCGGCGCACCAGAGCUGGAAGACAAACGUGAAACGGCCCUUCGCACCGCGGAUUGUUGUGAGAAAUGUGCCCUUGAGCAUAUUUCAUCUUUCCCAGGACGAUGGACUCUCAUUCUUUGA